AUAAGCUUGAUUUUGGGUGUGAACUACAUUUAAAAAUCCAAGUCGAAAACAAGUUUUUGUUUACUAUUUCUAUUUGGUCGACCAAGAAAACUCCGAACGCGAAAACGUUGCGAUGGGCGUCAUCGGAUCUUGUAUUAGAGAUGCAAACAAUUGGUGUGGAAGACGCAGAUCUGUCAACAAACUGCUGUUGCUGAUGUGCGCCACAAGCUCCACCCUGCUGGUUAUUUUCAUCACAUCUUGCGUAAAUGACACAACCAAUCGUAAUGCUAAGGCCGUACCAUGCGACCCGAACCUAUCCCCGGCCCAGCCCAAAGCCAGCCAGAAGGAGCUUUCGGCAUUCCUUGUGGUCCUGAUAAUGAGCGGGCCACAGAUGGUCGAACGCAGGUACACGAUCCGCGACACCUGGCUGCAGAAUCACGGUGGAGAUAUCCUGCCGCGGUUUGUGAUUGGAACAGCCGGGCUGUCCAGCUCAGACAUGGAGACGCUGGAAUCAGAACAGAAGCAGUUCCACGAUAUGCUCUUCCUCCCAGAGCUCAAAGAUUCCUUCAGUGUCCUCACCUCAAAACUUCUCCAGAUGUUAGCGUGGCUUGAUCAUACAGUAGACUUCCAGUACCUGCUGAAGGUAGACGAUGAUACCUUUGUCAGACUCGAUCCCUUAGUCCAAGAGCUCGCAACCAAGUCCAGAGUUCGCCUUUACUGGGGUUUCUUUGACGGCCGGGCACAUGUCCACAAGAGCGGCAAGUACAAGGAGACGGAUUGGGUGCUGUGUGACCGCUACAUCCCCUUUGCGGUAGGUGGUGGCUACGUCUUGUCCUCCGACUUGGUUCACUUUGUGGCUGAAAAUGCCCCGCUUUUGAAGAAGUACCACGCGGAGGACGUGUCCCUUGGCUCCUGGCUGGCUCCGAUUGACGUGAGGCGGGAGCACGACCCGCGAUUUGACACCGAGUACAAGUCGCGCGGUUGCCGCAACAGCUACCUGAUCACCCACAAACAGAGCGUGCAGAACAUGCGGGGAAAAUACCUGCAGCUGCAGACUAUUGGGCAGAUGUGCGCCAACGAGCAACAGAUCAGGUUAUCUUACAUGUACAACUGGGACAAACCUCCAACUGAGUGUUGCGAACGUGUGGAGGGUGUUCCGUAAAGUUGCAUCUUGCUAAUAAUCCAUGAAAAGCUGCAGGGAACUUUGCAUUACCUUGGCGAAUCUUAGGGAGAGACUUCAUCUGCUACUGCUUGAGUGAGUGGACUGUUCGUGCAACAAAGUACCCAGAUAUCACCGGCUGAGGCACGACCAGCAUAUUGGGAGAAACAUUCUCCGCAGCUUUUCCAGGAUUAUUAUUGAGACGACUCUUAAAAAUUACUGUUGUUUCUUUGUGGCACCAUUUCACUUUCUAAAAAGGGGUAUGGUUUUUGGAAAAAUCCGACUCAAAUGUUUACUUCAAAAACUCUGAAUGAUGAUAUUUAUUACUAUCAAUAAGCAUGAAUCAUUUGGAAACAAAAUGCAGGUGGAUAGAGCUCAUACAUAUUCAUGUGCCGUUUUGUAUUAUUUGAAAAGCAAACUGUUUUAUUCUUAGUAAGGAAUUUUGAUAUAUUUAUAUAGCAACUCAUUAUAAGCAGACCAGCAACAUUUCAUGCACUACAUUGUUUGUAGUCAAGCAUACUACAUUCACUAGCACUUCAUCAAUUUUCCAAUGCAGUGUGGGUGUACUAAGGCCCCCCCCCC